GCCGAUCCUGGUGGAGCUGGACGUCUUUUUUGGGAUACUGCCAGGGCCGCAGGAUUCGCAUCCGCAGCCCACCAGAGAGGACCAGAAGCAGGCAAGGAGAAGGAGAGAAGAAGGCAAUUCUUGGACAAGACCUCCUCCACCCUCUUCUUCUUCUUCUUCUUCUUCAUCUUCUUCUUUCGCGGUCCCUUCUUUUUCCCUCCAGGAGGCAUGUUGGGCCCCAUCCUGGCCGGACUGCUGGGCUUUUGGCUCCUCGUGGCAGGAUCUAGUUCAGGAUCCAGAUGGAAAGGUCCAAAAUUAAAUAUUACGGGAACUCAAUAUGUCAUACAGGAAGGAGAUUCUUUAAGCAUCAUGUGCAGUGGGGAAAUGACCCAUUCAUGGUCUCUGCCUGAAAGUCUAAGUAUGGAUAGCAAACGAGUGAAUAUUAUUAACAGUACUUGUGGAAGAAAUGGCAAACAGUUCUGCAGUAGCCUGACUGUGAACAGAGCUCAAGCAAAUGACACAGGAUAUUACAGUUGCAACUAUCCAUCCUCAAGAGCCCUGAGAAAGAAGAUAGUGUCAAAAAUAUAUAUAUUUAUCAAUGAUACACGCAGCCCUUUUGUAAAGAUGAACAAGAAUGUACCAGAAACAAUACUUAUGAUUUAUGGACAGGAGCUUAUUAUCCCAUGCAGAGUUACAGCGCCUGAUAUCCCUGUUAAAUUAAGAAUGAAUCAAAGAGAAAGCGUUAUUCCUGAUGGGAAGACAAUAAUCUGGAAUAGCACCAAAGGAUUUAUAAUACCAAAUGCAACAUACAGGUUCAUAGGUCUUCUUGCCUGUGAAACAAAUAUUAAUGGACAUGACUAUAGCACUAAUUAUAUUACAUUCAGGCAGGUCAAUGAAAUCCUUAGUGUCCAGCUAAAUGCCUCAAGAUCGGUCAAGUUAUUAAAAGGACACAAACUUGUCCUUAACUGCACUAUCACUGCAGCUUGGAACACAAGGGUGCAAAUCACAUGGAGUUAUCCUGGUGAGGCAAGCAAAAGAGGCACCAUUACUAGAACCAUUGUACCAAGGAAAGACAAACCCAAUCUAUUCUACAGUCUUCUUGUUAUUGAUAAAGUCCAUAAUAUUGAUAAAGGACAAUACACUUGCAAUGUGAAGAGUGGUCCAUCUCUGAAAUCAGUAAACACAACUGUUCAUAUUUAUGAUAAAGCAUUCAUCACUUUGAAACCUCGAAGAAAAAAUGUUCUGGAAGUUCUAUCUGGCAAGAGGUCCUAUCGACUUUCUAUGAAAGUGAAGGCAUUUCCCACACCAGAGGUUGUAUGGUUGAAGGAUGGGUUACCUGCUGCUGAAAUGUGUGCUCGGUAUAAAAUUAAAGGCUAUUCACUCAUCAUAAAACAUGUUUCUGAAGAAGAUGCAGGAAACUACACUAUAUUGCUGAACACCUGGCCAUGGAAUUUGCAUAAAAACUUUACAAUCACACUCAGAAUAAACGUGAAACCUCAGAUUUAUGAAAAAGUCUCAUCAAUUCCUGGCCCUAAUCUCUAUCAACUGGAAAGUGAGCAAAUUCUAACAUGCAUUGUUUAUGGCAUUCCUCAGCCUACGGUCAAGUGGACCUGGCAUCCCUGUCAACAGAAUCUUUCUAUGGCAAGGUAUGACUUUUGCUCCAGUCCAGAGAGAUCUUUCAUCUUGAAAACUGGGAGCUCUACAGGAAACAAAAUCAAAAGCAUCACACAAAGAACAGCAGUAUUAGAAGGGAAGAAUAAGAUUGCUAGCAUAUUAACUGUGGCUGAAUCCAGAUCAUCCGGAAGUUACAGCUGCAUAGCUUCCAAUAAAGUGGGAAGCGAUGAAAGAAGCAUCAGUUAUUUUGUAACAGAUGUUCCAGAUGGAUUCCACAUUAACCUAAAGAAAACACCUGUGGAAGGAGAAACGCUUGUGUUGUCCUGUUUAGCCAACAAACUUCUAUACAAAGAUGUUGCCUGGAUAUUACCAAGGACAGUUAAUCAAUCAAGAAUAAAAAAGCCAGCCACUAAGGAGUAUUCCAUUGAUCUCACUCUCAUCGUUAAGAAUGUUACACUUGAACAUUCAGGUACCUAUGCCUGUCGAGCAAAGAACUUGUACACUGGAGAAGAUGUGAUUCAAGAGAAAGACGUUACAGUCAGAGCCCAGGAAGCACCGUAUCUUCUUCGGAACCUCACUGAUCAAGUGGUCAACACCAGUCACUCUGUUAGUUUGGAGUGUCAUGUUCAUGGUGUGCCUGAACCUAAGAUAUCCUGGUAUAAAAACAACAAAGAGAUUCUUCAAAAGCCAGGUAUAAUACUAGGCCCAGGAAGCCAGAGUCUGUUGAUUGAAAGAGUGCAAGAGGAUGAUGCUGGCCAGUACCAGUGUGUAGCUAGUAACCUGAAAGGGGUAGUGGAGAGUUCAGCCUAUGUCAGCAUUCAAGGAAUUUCAGAGAGCUCAAACCUGGAGUUAAUAACACUGACAUGCACGUGUGUGGCUGCAACACUCUUCUGGCUUUUAUUAACACUCUUCAUACGUAAGCUAAAAAGGCCUUAUUCUUCUGAAAUAAAGACCGAUUAUUUAUCAAUCAUAAUGGAUCCCGAAGAAGUCCCUUUAGAUGAACAAUGCGAACGACUUCCUUAUGAGGCCAACAAAUGGGAAUUUGCCCGAGAAAGGCUUAAACUGGGAAAGACACUUGGGCGAGGCGCUUUUGGGAAAGUAGUACAAGCAGCUGCUUUUGGAAUUAAAAAGUCUCCCACAUACAAAGUAGUUGCUGUAAAAAUGCUGAAAGAAGGAGCCACUGCCAGUGAGUAUAAAGCUCUCAUGACUGAGCUGAAGAUCCUGAUACAUAUCGGCCAUCAUCUCAAUGUUGUGAAUUUGCUGGGAGCAUGCACAAAAGGUGGAGGGCCACUAAUGGUGAUAGUUGAGUAUUGCAAAUAUGGAAAUUUAUCAAGCUACUUGAAGAGCAAAAGGGACUUUUUUUCAACUAACAAGGAUAUAUCCAUUCAGGGAGAGCUGAUGACAGAGGAGAAGGAUGUUGAACCAAUCAGCAGUAUUAAAAAAAGACUGGAGAGCAUCCCAAGUCGAGAGAGCUUAGCAAGCUCUGGAUUUCAGGAAGAUAAAAGUUUAAGUGAUGUGGAGGAAGAAGAGGAGGACUCUGGUGAUUUUUACAAGUGGCCUCUCACCAUGGAAGAUUUGAUGUCGUACAGUUUUCAGGUGGCCAGAGGCAUGGAGUUCUUGUCAUCACAAAAGUGCAUCCAUCGUGACUUAGCAGCCAGAAACGUACUUUUAUCUGAAAACAAUGUUGUGAAGAUCUGUGAUUUUGGCCUUGCAAGAGAUAUUUAUAAAAAUCCUGAUUAUGUGAGAAAAGGCGAUGCACGUCUGCCUCUCAAAUGGAUGGCACCAGAAUCAAUAUUUGAUAAAAUCUAUAGUACCAAAAGUGAUGUUUGGUCAUAUGGAGUACUACUAUGGGAAAUAUUUUCCUUAGGUGCAUCCCCAUAUCCAGGUGUUCAAAUAGAUGAAGACUUCUUCAGCAAGCUAAAAGAAGGCAUCAGAAUGAAAGCCCCAGAUUUUGCAACCCCAGAAAUGUACCAGAUCAUGCUUGACUGUUGGCAGGGAGAUCCAAACGAAAGGCCACAGUUCUUGCAGCUGGUAGAGAGAUUAGGGGACCUACUUCAAGCAAAUGUGCAACAGGAUGGCAAAGAUUACAUCCCCUUGAAUGAUAUUUUAUCAGCAAACUCUGGAUUUGACUGUCCCUGUCUUACUUCUCCUAAUCUUCAUGGGAUAGAAAAUGAUUCAGCAGCCUUGAAUUGUUCUGCUUCUGAAAAUACUGGGAGACACAUGAAUGCCUUCAGAAUGAAGCCACCACAGAGGGUCAAGACCUUUGAGGAACUUUCACCAAAGGACAAAUGUGAACAUGAAGAUUACCAAGCAGACAGUGGAAUUGUGCUGCCUUCAAAAGAGCUGAAACGUUUUACGUGGACAGGAAGCAAACAAAAGCACUCUUUCUUUGGCCUCCACUCUGCCAAGAGAAGCAAAGAAUCUCUCCUUUCCAGCACCACAAAGCGAGACUUCUACAGUUUCAGUUGUGGUCAUAUCAGUGAUGUGACCCAGCAAUUCACACAUGACAAUAUAAUGCAGGAAGGAAAACAUGGCUUCCCUCCACCCAUCUAUAAUUCUGUGGUUCGGUAUUCAACUCCACCAGUUUAGGACUUCAAACACUUCAGAGCAGCUGUUCCUUAAGGGAGCUGCAUUUUCUCUGUCACCAUUUAAAUAUUGAACUGUGCUUCCUGCUGCUUACUGAUGCAAACACUACCUGUGUACAAUAGUGAUGGCUAUUUCUAUAAAGCCGCAGAAAUUAAUGCUUCUGCAUAGAACUAAGGCAUUAGUUCUGCAUCCAACAAUGAAAAGGAAAUAUAUGCCUGUUGCAGGUGGGAGGGCCACUGCAAUGUGUUUCCUCACCAUGCAUUCCUUAUUGGACAUGCUUGUGUUUGUCUCAUGCAAUACAAUAGUGAGGAAUUGAAAUCAACUGAACUAGAAAGCUGCUGCCAAGGUAGUAUUGUCAAAGACAAUCUUGGUGUCCAUGCAAACAAAGUUGAACCAGACCCCACAGCACUGUUACAAUGGCUGCAUCCACACUGUAGAAAUAAUCCAGUGUGACACUGCUUUGACUGCCAUGGCUCAAAGGUAGAGAAUUCUGGGAAUUGUUGUUUCUUGUGACACCAGAGCUCUCUGAGAGAGAAGGCUAAAUGUCUCACAAAACUACAGUUCCCAUAAUUGCCUAGCAUUGGGCCAUGGCUGUUUAAACAGUGUCAAACCGGAUUAUUUCUACAGUGAGGAUGCAGCCAAUCAGAGCUUGUAAACAUUAGUAUUAGCAUUUCCAUUAAAUUGAAAAUGAAUUUGAGGUGAAAAUUUUUAGUGUAAAUUAUAAAAUUAAUGUGUCAAUAAUUGUAACACAUUAAUAUAAAAUUUAAAGGAACAAUUAAAAAGGCUAAAAUUCCAAAAAUAAUAAAAAAUAAAAAAUGGCCAGUCCCCCAUGAAUUAAAAUAUGAUAUUGUGUAUUACUAAAACUUAUAAAGGAGUGAUUGAUGUUAUAACCAAAUACAGUGCGCCCUUGUUUUACGCAGGGGAUCCAUUCCGGCCCCCCCUCACAUAAAACAAAAAACGUUAUGCUUGAGCCUCUUUAUAAGUAAUGGGGCUUGUGCUCAUGGUGGCACAUGGCGGCGGCAUGCAUGCGCCACGGGCACACACGACAUAGUUUUUCCGGUGCACGGCGGAAGCAAUGCUGAAAGCAGCGUAUAAUGCGCCCAUGUAUGACACGGGUGCUCUAUAAUGACUUUUAAAAUAGUUGUUUAAAAAUUAUGGAUAAUCCAGUAAGUUUGAGCUUACAAGCUCUUGACACAGAUGUGAACACUGCACAGACAAAGGCCUAUGCCACCUGGAAAAUAAACCAUCAUUGAUUUUUAUGUAUUAUUUCAGCUAUUAUGGCUUUCCCCUAAGCAGCUCUGGGAAGGUCAGUUUUGUUAAGAAGCUUUUAAAAAGCGCUUUCUCAUUUAGGAACUACAGUUCCAGGUGAAGAUGAGCAAUCACAAACGUAGCUUUUGAUGAAAAAUUGCACUUUGUACAUGGUUGUGUACAAAUAGCAGUGGGAUUUAAAAGGAACUUGAUAUUUUAAAUUGCAAUCAUAUGUACAAUUUAAAGACUAGGACAAUUUAUUAUUACAGCUGUAAUCAUACCCCACAACAUUUCACAGAUGACAUCUGGAACAUAUGUAGCCAAAUAAGAUCAGAGUGUGGCCAAAAUGGCAGAAGGUAUUAACAAGGAUAAACACACACAGGCAAGGAGAUGGCACAACAGUUUGCUUUUGCUUGAGGAGAUUCUGCCUCCUCUUUUUUGCCCACUGCUGAUUUAAACUGGGUUAAAACCUUUUGCAUUUUGAACUCAGUUUGCAGCAAGUAAGCUUGAAGUAAGCUGAGCGCAAAAGGAGAAAGUAGGAUGACCCAAGACAUUUUAGAAGCAGCUGAAAAAAAAUAUGGGACAACAGAUUGGUUAGGAUUGUCCCUGCCAAACUGGGACAGUUGGAGUGUACUUAAGCAGCUGGAAUCCUAUCACUAUGUGGGUAUAGGUGGUGGCAAUAGGAGACAGUGCUGCAGCUGUGAAAGAAUGCAGGCAUUUGAGAAUUCGGCCAUCCAGAACUAACAGACUGUGGUCAGGAUCCUGCAGAUCAUUGCACAUGCAGGUGCAGCUUGUCUAUGCCCAAGUCCCUUUUUGGAUGAGGUGCAGAGGGCUAGUCUCUUUCCAGUGCACUCUGUCCAAAAACAUUACACUUCCCAGCAGCUGUCAAAGAGCCUUUGCUGCCGUCUCUUACCAAUGGGGAUAAGAGGGAAGCAUUUCAGACCAUGAAGUUCUGGCUGCCCUGAGAUCUCAGGGGAAGGAAAAAGUGCACUCCAUUUGAGAGUGCAGCCUCAUCCUCUCUCCCUGAGCCGUCUUAAUCACCUCUUCCCAGUGAGAGGCAGAAGUAGGAACCCUUCCUGGGGCUGAGCAGCUGCUGGAAAAUAGGAUGAGAAAGAGCCACAGGCAGAUGUAUGAUUGCAGCCUUGUCUGCUUUCCUUUGCUAUCACCUCAACCCUGGAAAAAAUACACUGGAAAGAUUUUACAACAUCUACAAGGCAGAACCUUGAAAAAAGUACAAGGUUUGGGCUGGUCCUGAAGCCAUGCCAAGACCCACAGCACUAUCCUCUCUCAGAAUAAAGUGCCAGCACACCAAUAUGCCAUAGCACUGGAAACUAUCACCAUUGUUCAAAUGUUAGUGAACAGAAUCAUGAAACUGAAAAAUGGAAAAUGAGGGCUAAGCUGUCAGUAACAUUGACAGAAAGUGCCCCAAACCCACUCUUAUCAGCAGUCUUCUAUGGACACAAUGGUAGCCUUACACUGUUGCAUUGUGACAUUUGACCCUGUGGUAGAAUGCAGCAUUAUAAGUAUUUUAGUUUCCCUUUAUUUUUACAUAUAUAUCACACAGCCAUACACUUUGUGUCUUCAUAGUAAUAGGAACACAUGAAAAUUUGUACAUGACAGUUAAAAUUUCAAAGGCGAUGGCUGAGCAGGGUUGCCCUGGAUCUUCAACAUCUUGCUAAGUUCUUUACUUUAUAGUUCACUGCCCAGUGUAUAUGCUGCUUCUAAGUGAAUAAUCACAUUAUUUGCUGAUGCUUUUCUUGGUGCACUACUUGGGAAUCCCUAACACAUCUUAUUUUUUGUUGUUGUUUGAACUAAGAGACUUCAGCAUUCUGUAUGUAUAUCCAAUUAUAUUAUAUUGCAUUUUCCAUUUAUACGCCAAUUCCAAGAGACAGCACAGAGUGAUUCACAUUGCAACAAUGCAUAUAGAAUUCGAAGGCCAGUCAAGCGCUGUCUGAAAUACUGUACUGCUGAAUCUACUGUUACUGCUGCUAUUUAUGACUAACAACAUUUAUUUAGGACUAAGAGCAUGCCUGCUAGGUUCAUUUAUGGUAAAGAGUAAAUAGUAUAUUAGUGAACCGUUCUUUCAGUUCACCACUAAGCCAUGGAGAUAAUUAGGUAACAAUGGCCAUGCUAAAGUUCAUGUGAAUGUAAUUUUCAAGCAACACUUAGUAUCCUUUAUUUUUCAUUGGACUUUGUCACAACUAAUGUCAGCUGAAUCAAAGUCAAUAACUUUAUGCCAUAAUUGCAUACCUGCUAAUCUGGUGUGACACUGAACUUGGCACUUACUUCUGAGGAGAUGUGUGUAGAAUUACACUAUCAAAAGAGCUUUUGAGCACCAAAGCAUUUUACAACUCCCACUUCUAAAACCUAUAGGGAUGUCAUCUAUGCACAUGCUAUCAAAUAAAAGAACACUAGACAUCUUUUGAUACAUGGUUCAUUUAUUAGAUACAGAAUAGAAGCGCUGGUGUCAUCUUCGUGUAGGAUACUAACCAGUGUAAAUAUAAUUUUUGAAAGCAAAAUGAAUGCUGAAACUUUUAACAUUUUAAAGUAAAUGUUGCUAAUAAUAAAUGCAUGUAAAUAAUUGAUACCUAUGCCUAAACAUUUAAGUCUAUUUUCAUAUAUUUUCUACAUUUUCACAAUAAAACUGAAUUCCAAA